AUUAGGUUAAGGAUCGUCGAGAAGUGCCGACGUCGCACGAGAGUUUGUUGUGAAUCCGAUGCUCGGACCAUCGACAGUCCACUUCGACUCGUCGUCGCGACAUCAUCGAGUUUCUCUUUUCCACGCGUUCCUACUCUGAUCUACUUAUUCCUUACGUAUCGUUGUUAUGACUUACAAGCGUGAUCUUAUAUCAACGGAAUUGUGUCGAUCGAAGUAUAACCGUGAAACAUCAAUGAUUACGCGCAUAAAAAGUUAAAUAAGUUUUUGCGAGACGCGAUGCGCGCCAAAUUUGAAAGAAGAUGAAUCGAAAUUGUGUCACGUUCAACGACUCCUUCACGCGAUAUCAAACUAUUUAAAAAGAAUACCGUGAAACGAUAUAUACAAAUAUUUUCGAUCGUAGAGUAGAGAAUGAUACAUAUUUGGAGAACGAUCUCGUUAUUAUCGGCGGUGUUUGUCCUCGCAAGAGCGUGGGGCAUUAAUCACGCUGGUCAAGCGGGCACGAAUACGAAAUGCGAGAGACUCAGCGUUUCGUUUUGCCAUGGACUGCGUUACAAUCUCACUGCCAUGCCGAAUUUUAUGGGCCACGAGGAUCAGUUGCAAGCGGAACGUGGCCUAGCAACAUUGAUGCCUCUGGUGCAUUACAACUGUUCGAAACACUUGAGACUCUUCCUUUGUGCCGUCUUUGCCCCUGUAUGCUCCGAACAUGUGGCCAUGCAGAUACCCGCUUGCAAAUCUCUCUGUCUUUCGGUUAGGAGAGAGUGCGAGCCGGCACUGACCAGCCUCACUCUUCCUUGGCCACAUAUGCUCGACUGCGAUCGAUUUUUGGAUCGAGGUAACACACUUUGCGUUCAACCACCCGAGGAAACUCUUCUCUCGGAAGCCGCCGUUCCGUCUGUUCAACAACAAUGGCCAACGCAAGAACAAAUUCAGCCUGUUCAAACGUCCACGGGACUGCAGAAUCAUCAUCAGUGUCCGCCUCAUUUCGUACAAACGCCGGAUGUACAAAUGAUCUCUUGUGUUCCACGUUGCGGUACCGACGCUUAUUAUCGUGCCGAAGAUAAAAAAUUUGCCGAACGAUGGAUGAUAGGAUGGGCAUGGCUCUGCUUUUUAUCCACCCUUUUCACUCUUUUAACGUUCUGGGUCGAGCCUUCCAGAUUCCGUUAUCCAGAGAGACCCAUAGUAUUUUUGGCGCUUUGUUACAACUUAUUGUCGGUAAAUUAUAUCAUCAGAGGUGCAAUCGGUGUCGAAAUUCUUAGCUGUGUCAGCCAACUCGAUGGACCGAGUUAUGUGCCGGUUCACGAUGGAUUAAAGAGUAUUCCUUGUACGAGCUGGUGGAUCGUCAAGCAUUAUCUGAGUUUAGCCAGUAGCACUUGGUGGGCGAUACUGUGCGGUUGUUGGCUUCUCAGCGCUAGAAACGAGUGGAGUAGCGAAGCUUUGCACAAUAUUGCUUCGUAUCUACAUGCAGUUGCUUGGGGAUUACCGCUCUUUGCUACCGGAGGCAGCUUACUUUCGCGUCAAAUAGUUGCCGACGAACUUACUGGUCUCUGUCAAAUCGCCGAUGAAUCCGCUUUGUGGCUCGAAGUUUUACCACACGCGAUUCUGAUCUUUCUUGGUUGCAUUUUAGCAGCAGUGGCAGGUGGUGCGUUGAUUCGCGUACGACGUGCUAUACGUUCGGCCGGUCGUAGCGCGACGAAGUUGGAGAGACUGAUGACUCGUCUUGGAAUCUUUGCGUUGCUUUACGCCCUGCCAGCCCUUGGUAGCUUAACCUGUAUUCUACACGAGUCUUCCACGAGACCUCGGUGGCGAACGCUCGCACUUCUCGCUGCUCUUGAUUGUCGAUCAGCGGAGAAUUGUGUACCGGGCCCCGUUUAUAGAGCGGCAGGACUCGAAGUGGCCCUUCUCAGGCCGUUUUUGUCUUUGGUCAUUGGCGUGACCUCGGGUAUGUGGGUCUGGUCUGGCAAAACUUGUAGAGCUUGGAGUAAAUUACUCGCAGCUCCUAGUAAACCUACCAGAUCGAUCCCAACUGCCCAACCUCUGACACAAAAUGUUCUUCGGAAUUUUAAACCUGAUGUAAAUAAUCUGCCAUGAGGAAAGUAUUAGUGAAAUGUACGCAAAGGAAUUUCGAAAUUGUACAUAAUAUGUAAAUAUUACGAAUGUAUUAUAUUUUCUAAAGACCGAUCUUUUAGACGUGUUUAAAACGCUCUAUAUAUAUAUAUAUUUUUUUUUUUUUUUUUAUCGUUUUCCAUUUGUAGGUAAGAUGAAGCUGUACAGAAAAU